AUGCACAGCCCGGUGGAAGAUCAUGCAAUGUCGGAUGCCGAUCUGGACAUGGACCAAGGAGAAGAGCCGCUUCUCCAUGUCUCGGGAUUGCAGCUUGACGAUAGCCCACGCAGCCAGGGCCAGGGCCUAGUGGGCCGGAAGCAGUUCCUGCCAGCAUUGCUGGUGUGUGGGCUCUUGGCAGCUGCGUGCGGGCUGAUUCCGCGUCAGCACAUGCUUCGAGGCAGUGAGAGGAUGGAGCUCCAGCUCAGUGCCCUACUCUUUGAGCCGGUUGAUGGCGGCUCCAGCAGGGCUUGCCGCGGAGGGAGCGUGACAGACAACUCUCCGACAAACUACCUGCUCACCUCUGCUGCUGACUUGUCCUUCUGCCAGUGGCAUUGCUUGACGAUGCCGACGUGCCAGGGUGUGGAGUACCACCCUUCCAACUUGCGCUGCGAGCUCUGGACCAGGCCUGGUGGAAUCCAAGCAUCGGCUCCUUUCCAAUCAUCCGAGUGCUACCGCCGGCUCGCGAGCCUCGAGCCGGUGGAUGGGGGUGUCGGAAGGGCCUGCCGAGGUUCGACGGCGGGUGAUAAUAAUCCAGCUCACUAUGUCCUCCAUCCCCACGAGACACUUGAGGAGUGCGAGCGGCAGUGCCUUGUCACUCCUGAGUGCCGGGGUCUUGAGCAUUCUCCGGGGAGAUGUGAGAUCUGGACACGUGUGGAGGGCAUCCAAGCAUCGGUUGCCAUUGCAGGGUUCACAUGCUAUCGCGUGACUAUGCCAGCAACGACAUCUGUCACAGCCACGGCGACAGCCACGGCGACAGCCACGUCCAGCACUGCGACAACGACCCGCACUGCAACCUUGACCACGCUGUUGACCACAACUACAAUGACAACCGUUGCGGCGGAGCCUCCGCCUUCGGACCCUGCUAGCCAAGAGCUGGUCUUCCGGCCCGUGGACGGUGGAGUGAAUCGGGCCUGCCGUGGAGCCGACCCCAACGACAACUCUGCCAGCUACUUCGAGGUCUUCACGGUCACGGACAUGGAAGACUGCAAGAAUCGCUGCCGUCAGUGGUCGGGCUGCGUGGGCAUCGAAUUCAUCAACACCCGCUGUGAGGUUUGGACCCGACGGGCUGGCAUUGAGGCUUCCUUUCAGCUGGCCAACUAUCAAUGCCUCGAGGCACUAGCCUUCCACCCCGUGGAUGGUGGCAUCGACCGAGCCUGCCGCGGCGCGAGUGUGACCGACAAUUCUGCCGACUACUAUGUUGUUUCCUCUGAGACAUCGCUGGCAGCCUGCAAGAGCCGAUGUGCAGACACACAGGCGUGCGUGGGCGUGGAGUACUCUUCGGGUCGCUGUGAGGUGUGGACGAGGUCUGGGGGUAUCCUGGCAUCAGCCGCCGUGACGGGCUUUGAGUGCCACCAGCUGAGCAGCCCCAUGAGGCAGGAGCUUCUGGCCGAGGUUGCGGCCUCGAGCUGGGAAGUCGUGGGCGGUGGCGUUGAUCGAGAGUGCCGUGGUGCUGAUUGGGACGACGACUCGCCAGGGUACUACUCCGUAGCCCACGCCCACUCUUUGGCUCGAUGCCAGGAGCGCUGCAUGGAGCUUACCAUCUGCAGGGGCGUCGAGUACCGCAUCGGCUACUGCGAGCUCUGGACUCGGCCUGAGGGCAUUGGGGCGACAGCGCAGAGGAGCAGCUCCGUCUGUUUGCGCCGGCCCAGCGAAAGCACCGACCCAGGGGCCGGCAACGGCGAAGUGCGCACGAAGUAUGUGGUCCACUACAUGCCGUGGUUUCUGGGGGUUCGGACACCCGGCUUGUAUGACCACUGGUGCGUGGGGAAUUCCUACUAUGAGAGCUACCUGGGGCUCUACGACCAGAAUCAGCGGGAGGUUGUAGGGCAGCAGUUGGACCUGAUGAAGGCCAGUGGCAUUGACGGCUUGUGGAUCGACUAUCAGCUCACCUCCUGGGACAGUGUCGUGGAGAUGAUCAUCGAUGAGCUCGAGGCACGGGGUAUGGGAGUGGCCAUCGUGGUGGACAACGCGGUGAACAAUAACAUCUUUAUCGAUGCCCAGGUGAAGCUGGGUCAGUGGACUGGCCGGUCCAACUAUUACCGACACGAGGGCAUCCCAGUAGUCCCGGUCUUCAACGACAUCGAGAUCAAUUUUCAGCCCUUGCCUUUCCAGGCCUACUACAUGACGAGGAGGGAGGUCCCCGUGCCCAGCUGGGCCAAUGGCACGUACCCGUGGAUCACUGCGGACUUGCAGUGGCUGGAGGACCACUACAAGAAUGACCACAGCCUCUCCUCCUUUGCGAUUGGGGCUGCCUACCGGGGCUUUCGCGACUGCUACAGCAACCGCAUGCUCCACGUGCCAUUCUUGCAGAUGCUGGAGCCCUCCCUCCUGGUGACGAGCAAAUACCAGCCAGAGUUCGUGCAGGUUCUGACUUGGAAUGACUACAGCGAGGGUACCAUGAUCGAACCCAGCUGGCUUCGGACACAUGGAUCCUGCCACCAGACUUGCAGCGAUUCUUACACGCCCUGCCCAACCAGCUACGAUUGCUUCUCAGCUGACGAGACCCCCAAAGACUGUGACAAGCCUUAUGGUGGUUCCUUCGGUCCAACAGACCCUGCCUGCACUCCCACGCCCCUCAACAAAAGCGCCUACUCCGACUUGGACACCCUCAAGGAGCACAUCGCUUUGGAGAAGUCGGGCCUGCUCAACUCCAUCUAUCAUACCGGCCUCUUCACGCCCAGUGGAUAUGCCAAGGGCCCAGGUUGGUACUCGAGAGGGCAGAAGGCGGCAAGGACCUUUUUGACGAUUUCUGGCAGUGAUGCAGACCAGUUCGCUGUGCCCAGCUCUGGGGCACGGCUUACCAAUUUUGUUUGCUUGGUGCUCCGGCCCAAGUACCGCUGUCCUCGAGACCAAGGGGAAACCUGGUGGCUGCACAAAGCAGCUAUUCAGACCUCCGUGCGGGCGUGUUUCCAGGUAGUGAUGUUCGAAAACUACAGUGCACCACAAGGUUGCAUGGCCACAGUCACAGCUGUCAAGCCCUGUGAGGCCCAGGCAGUGCCAUCGGAAGCGGCUGAGGAGAGUGGUGCAGGGCUCGAGCAGACGGCGACCACUCUCCCGGCGGCCCCAAAAGCGCUGUCAUGCGGUGGCAAGAUCCGGCCGCCAGACGGCCGGCCGAAGAUUUGCCAUCCCGAGUCUGCCGACUCCUUCUACCCAGUAGAGCUGGACGGCGUCGUCUAUGACUCAUUCAACCUCCGAGUUGUUCACGAACGGGAUCGGACGGGCUUUGAGGAGACAAAGGACUUCCCGAUACGGCUUAACAGUAUUGUUGCCGGUCGGUAUCAGGUGCUAGAGUAUCUUGGCUCUGCUGCCUUCUCCCGUGCGGUCCAAUGCCUUGACCUCGAGAACAACAGGAUGGUCUGCAUGAAGAUCAUCAACAACAACAAGGAUUUCCUGGACCAGUCCUUGGACGAGAUCAAGCUCCUAAGGCUGAUUCGCGCCAACGUCGACAACAUCGACGACAAGAACUGCUUAGCGUUGGUGGACUACUUCUACCACAAAGAGCACCUCAUAAUUGUCACGGAGCUUCUACGCGACAACCUCUACGAGUUUUCCAAGUACAACCGGGAGGCCUGCGAGGAGCCGUACUUCACCCUGGGGCGGCUGCAGAGAAUCUCGAAGCAGAUCCUCGUUGCGUUGGAGUACAUCCACCAGCUUUACUUGAUUCACGCGGAUCUGAAGCCCGAGAAUAUUCUCAUCAAGAGCUACUCGCGCUGCGAGGUAAAGGUCAUCGAUUUCGGCUCCUCCUGCUUCGUGGACGACUCGCUGACCAACUACGUGCAAUCGCGCUCCUACAGGGCCCCGGAAGUGAUCUUGGGCCUGGCGUACGACCAGAAGAUCGACAUCUGGUCCCUGGGAUGUAUCGUUGCAGAGCUCUGGGCAGGCUUCGUUCUCUUCCAGAACGAUUCGGUCCAGAGCCUCCUUGCGCGGAUCAUGGGCAUCCUCGGGCCGCUGCCAGCGCACAUGAUGGCCACCGGCCGUUUCGUGCCGCAGUACUUUACACAGGAUGGUCGCCUCUUCCGUGAGUCGCAGUCUCCGCCACCUUCCUCGGCAGCCACGAUGCCGGUGGAUCCGCAUCGGUCCUUGCACCUCUUGGUGCCCAAAAGGACAUCGCUGAAGCAGCGCAUGCGAACGAACGACGAGGUCUUCUUGGACUUCCUCGGAUCUCUGCUCCAGGUGGACCCGGCACUGCGGCCGAGCGCGACAGAAGCGCUGCAGCAUCCCUUUCUAAGUCCGGGUCGUUACAGCGACGGCUUCCAGUGA